UAUAUAGCCUGGCCUCGAACUUCAAGUUUUGUAUAUUAAAAGAAUCAACUAAUAAUAUAUACUGGAUCUAAAGAACUUCAAGUAACAUAGCCGAGAGGACACAACUCGAACUUCAAUUUGAAAUUAUAAAAGCAUCAACUAAUAAUAUAUACUGGAUCUAAAUCAGAAUUACGCAGUCAAAUGUGUUUAUUAGAAGGGAAUAAUAGACUAAAAUGGGUGACUCGGUAUUUUGCAGUCUUUUUAUUUAAAUGUAAAUCUGUAUAAUCAACGAAUAAUUUUAUCAAAAGUCAUUGGCCACUAUACGAAUUUAUCGGCUAUAAAUAGUAGGAAAGCUUUUCACGUUAAAGAACUUAACCUCAUCCACAUUAACUUAAAAGAAAGAGAGAUGGUGAGACAAUUGGAAGAUGUAAUGAGCAUGGCUACAACAACAACACAUUUCGAUGCUAGCUAUCUGUUUCAUGUUGUGUUCUUGGCUCUGAUCGGCUGUUGUGUCCUCUCGGCUAUGUUAUUCUCUUGCGCCGAUGGAGUUUCCAACAACAAAUCCAAUUCGGCAAACACUACCGGUGGCGGAGGUUGUGGGGGCGGAGGUUGUGGGGGCGGCGGUUGUGGGGGCGGCGGUUGUGGGGGCGGUGGUUGUGGUGGAGGUUGAGAAAUUUCAUUCGUCUUCGUCGGGAAAAAAAACACAGAACAUUGGACCAUUUUACUUUCGUAUUAUCGUUAUGUAAAUAGAUCCCUUAUUUGUAGUACUGUGUAAGCAUAGAUUGUGUUUUUUCUUGUAUAUACAAAGAAAUACUAUUUCUUUCCAAUUCCAUCUU